GGAUUAUGCGCAUGCGUGUCAGUCCCCCGGAACUUGUGGAACUGAAUUGGCCGGGAAUAGGAGCUGUAGCUGCGGGGGCUCGCCGCCGCGUCUCGUGGGGUGGUUGACCAGACAAAUCCUCCAUCAUGGUUGGUGAAAGGAGGAAUGGAAAUCUGCUGGUGCACGUUGGGCCCAAGCUGCAAGCCUAUCCUGAGGAGCUGUUACGGCAACGUCGGGGCCAUGAUGGACACACUGAAUACCUGAUCCGUUGGACCAUCCUCAACUUGGAUGACAGUACAGGAAGCAGCACAAACGCUGUUUCUGAGAACAAAGCAGAGAAUAUUCUGAUGUGGAUGUCAGCUGAGGAGGUUUAUGCUAACUGCCCCACACUAUUAGGCAAGAGGAAACCGGAAGGGCAGCGGGUGAAAGAGGAGAAGGCACCUAGCACAUACCCCUCUGAUGUGACACUGGAUGAAGCCUCUCUCUUGGAGAUGAAGGCUGAUGUCAGGAACCUGGUGCAGCGUGCAGCUCGGCAGAUGGCGCGUACAACAGGCCCAGAGUCCUCCAUCCUGAAUACCAUCCAUGUGCUCAGUGCCUACGCCAGUAUUGGCUCACUAACGGGUGUCUUUAAGGAGACAGGUGCCCUGGAUCUGUUGAUGAAGAUGCUGUGUAACGAGGAGAAGCAGAUCCGUCGCAGCGCUGGCAAGAUGCUGAGGGCUCUGGCUUCACAUGAUGCAGGAAGCCGAGCCUAUGUUCUCUUGUCCCUCAGUCAGCAGGAUGGCAUCGAACAGCACAUGGACUUUGAUAGUCGCUAUACUCUCCUGGAACUAUUUGCAGAAACUACAUCGUCUGAAGAGCACUGCAUGUCCUUUGAAGGGAUUCAUCUUCCUCAGAUUCCAGGAAAGCUACUGUUUUCUCUGGUGAAACGCUACCUGUGUGUCACCUCCCUCAUGGACAAGCUCAACAGUACCACAGAACAGGGAGGAGAGCGCCAAGACUGUGCAGCCCCCAGUGCAAAUUUUGGGGAAAAGAGCCGUGUGCAACGGGAGUUUGAUUUCAGCAUGGCCAUGGCUAAUCUCAUCUCAGAGCUUGUGCGGGUGAUGGGCUGGGAUCGCAGCCAAGAGAGGGAGCUUCUAUCCUUGAGGGAGACUCAGUGUCGAGUUGUUCGCUCUAUCUUCCAGCCAAAGGGUCCUACUUGCACCGCUGUUCAGGUGCCUCCGGUAACUCCAAAGCCUUCCCCACAGAAAAAAACAGGGAAUGUGUUCUUGACUUUGUCCGAUUUCUCCAACCGCAGUAACUAUGUAGAAUACGUGCAGGAGAAUCUGAAACCAGGGAUGACUGUGCGCAUGCUAGAAGACUAUGAAGAGAUCAAUGCUGGAGAUGAGGGAGAGUUUCGGCAGAGCAAUAGUGGGAUGCCUCCUGUGCAGGUAUUAUGGCAGUCUACAGGGAACACCUACUGGGUUCACUGGCACAUGAUAGAGAUUACUGGUUUUGGAGAGCAGCCAGAAGAAGAGGCUGCCCAAGAUAAGGUAUCCAGUCUAACAGAGAACCUGAAACUACCUGCAGUGGCUCGAACAUUCUACUGCAAGCCACUUGGGGGUCUGUAUUCUCUGCCAUAUCUGAUGGAUGAGAUGAGUGAGCACUCCGGGACCCUCAACCGAGCUGAAUGGUGGGAGCUGCUCUUCUUCAUUAAGAAGCUGGAGCAGCAGGAACAGCAGGAAGUAGUUCACUUCAUCCAGCAGAACCACAAAGAGCAGCUGUCAGAGCUGGACGAAGAAGGCCUGAUCCAGCUGUCUCUGUCAGUGGAGCUGGCUCAGCAAGUGCUGCAGCUGCUGAGCAAGCUGUGCCAGGGCUGCACCCGAAGUGACCUGCAGAGCUCCCACAUCUAUCUCAAAUAUUGCUUCGGCAAGGAAAGGGCGGAGCGGAACGGCCAAAAUGGGGAUGUGACCCUUGCGGAGUGUAGUAGCCUUUCGGAAGCCAUGGCAUCCAAAAAGCCAAAGAAGGAACUGGGCUCCCCUGAGGUGCCUUCAGCGGCGCCAUCCACAACAGAGAGAACUGACACACAGCUGAUUAAUGAGCUCCUCAAAGUCGAAGGACUUGCCUUCCCAGACACACUGGAUGAGAAGAUCAAAGUCUUCUGCAGUAUGAAGCUGACGGGGAAGAGGAGCUCCUUAGAAAAAAUAGCAGACAUUGGAGACAUCAUCCAGAAGUCAAGCUCGGAAGUUGCCCUGCAGAUGGCUGGUCUCGGGUUCAUCACUAAGCUCUUGGAGGAGGAACCUGGUCAAGCGAGACAGGUCAUCAAAGCAGAUGGCGGCCUCACUGUCAGGGAGAAAAUGGUGAAAAUGCUGGUGGAGCUGCUCAGCAACCAGUUGAAGGAGAAGCUGCUGGUGGUGAUGGCGUUGCGAUUGCUGUAUGUGCUCGUGGCAAAGUACGACUGGCGGGUUCUCUUCGCCACGGAAGGUGGGGUGCGUGCCGUGUUGGGAUGUAUGCAGGAGUACUCCACAUCAGCAUUGGUGCAACAGGCUGGCUUGGCAGCAUUGAAAGUGCUGGUGGGUGCUGGCAAUUGUGAGCUGCUGAGUACCAGUGGGAAGUCCUACCCUCUGAACCAUUCUGAUGCCCAGAUGAUGCGGGAGAUCUUCGCCAGCAUUGGCUCUGCUUCCAGCAAAGACUCUGACAAUUUGCUUUGUGCCAUCCCGGCUGCUGUUGGGAAGAUGCUGACCACACCUGGGGCUUCUUCAGCAGUGCAAAACGGGCUGUUGGUGUUGAACAUGCUGAUCAACAAUCACAAGGGCCUGGCAGAGCAGCUGGGAAACUGUGACCUCUACUCAGUCCUACAGAACUGCUGCCGCUCAGGACACAGCUCCAAUGAGAUGCUGGCUCGAAUAGUGCUCAACCGCCUGGCGGAGCAUAAGCUGACCCUGAGCCAGGAGAACGCAGAUCCCGAUUCUAAUUUUGAGCUCAAGGACAUGGAUGUGCCAGCACUACUAAGCAGCCUCCGUGACACCAGCUUUUCGAAGGAGGUGGUGCUGGCCCUGGAGCGCUGUCUAUGCGAUGAGGGAGUUGGCACCGAGGGGAAUGGCUCUGAGCUAUUGCCAGACCGUGAACACUUCUUGCUGCUGCUGAAAACCCUGGAACAGCUGGGAGCAGAGAAGUCUGUGCAGCUGGGGGUGUUGAGGAUUUUGAAUAAGUUUUUGGAUAGUUCCCAAGAGGACGUGUUGCCCUGGCAUGAGUGCAUUAAGCCCUGUCUGUCUUCUAUGAGUGUCCACAGCAGUGAGCGAGAGGUUGUGCAGGAAUUUAUCCGUUUCCUGCAUCGUCUGGCCAGCACCAACAAAGACUGUGCAGUAGUGAUGUGUCGUGUGGGCACAAAGGAAGCGUUGACGAAAGCGAUGGACAAGCACAACUCCAAUCUUUUGCUGGUGACAGAGCUUCGUGACCUUGUGACAGACUGUGAGAAAUAUGCCAGCCUUUAUAAGAAGAUGACGACCAGCAUCCUGGCUGGUUGCAUCCAGAUGGUCUUGGGUCAGAUAGAGGAACAUAGGCGUAGCCACCAGCCUAUCAACAUCCCCUUUUUUGAUGUGUUCCUGAGCAAUCUUUGCCAAGGGUCAAGUGUAGAAGUGAAGGAAGACAAAUGUUGGGAGAGAAUGGAAGUCUCCUCCAACCCCCAUCGGGCCAGCAAGUUAACAGACCGGAAUCCAAAAACAUACUGGGAGUCGAAUGGUAGCACUGGAUCCCACUACAUCAAUGUUUCUAUGCAUCGGGGAGUGGUAGUGAGGCAGAUGACUUUGCUCGUGGCCAGUGAGGAUUCUAGCUAUAUGCCAGCACGGAUUGUGGUCAUGGGAGGGGAGAACACAUCCAGCAUCACUACUGAGCUCAAUACUGUAAAUGUCCUACCUUCAGCCAGCCGGGUAGUUCUUCUGGAAAACAUGAUCCGCUUCUGGCCCAUCAUACAGAUUAAAAUCAAGCGUUGUCAGCAGGGUGGCAUUGACACACGUGUGCGUGGCAUCGAGGUGCUGGGCCCCAAGCCCACCUUCUGGCCCAUCUUCAAGGAGCAGCUGUGCCGGCGCACAUUCCUUUUCUAUACCACCAAGGCACACACCUGGUGCCAGGAAAUCUCAGAAGAUCGCAGGCAGUUGCUGCAGCUCUUCAACAGGCUGAACAGCGCUCUGCGCCACGAGCAGGAAUUUGCCGAUCUCUUCCUUCCCGACGAUGAGGCUGCUCAGGCCUUGGGCAAGACCUGCUGGGAUGCCCUGAUCACUCCCUUGGUGCAGAGUAUCACCUCUCCAGACUCCAGUGGCAUCAGCCCUCUGUCCUGGCUUCUGAGCCAAUAUCUGGAGAACUUGAAGGCAGCCACAAGGGCCAAGAAACAAGCCGCCAUUUUCAAUUCCCGCGUGCGGCGACUGAGCCACCUGCUGGUGCACGUGGACUCCAGUAGCCCUGAGCCCGAGGAGCUGAAGGCUCCUGUGAAAUCCAAUGGGAAGAACGGAAAGAACAAGGAGUCGAGUUCCGGGGCUGCCAAGCCCGUGGAGAAGAAACCCAGCAGCACGACUGGCAUCACACAGUGCUGGAAAGGGGUGGUCCAGCAACAGGUGAAGCAGUUCCUGGAAUCCUCCUGGCAGGACCCUGACUUUGUGGAGAAAUAUUGCAACAUCUACCGGCGCCUCCGCACAGCCAUGGAGGAGCUUUUUUGGACGCAGCAGUAUGUGUUUCUUCAUGCCCUUGCUCCUGGCGCCAGAGCUUCACAGGGGCUGCUGCAGCUCUCCUUCCUGACAGCCAUGCACGUGAAAGCUGCAGCAGCUUUGCCACGUUACAUCGAUGUGUGGAUCCAAAAGAGCUGGGCAGACCUUCGAGACAACGUGGAGACCCUGCGGUGCCCUAGCAGAGGAGAGCUCCUGGAGCCUGUCCUCUUCCUGUCCGCCUGGGAACUUGCCAACACCUUUGAGCAUUUCUACCCGGGUCCUCCUUGUUUCUUCAGGUACUACCUGGGCGACCGGCUGCUGUCCCAGGGCAAGACGUGGCUGGAGAGUGCUGUGGUGGAGCACAUCGGGCUCUGCUUCCCCAACCGCUUCCCCCAGCAGAUGCUGAAGAACCUGAGUGAGCUGGAGGAGAGCAGCGUAGCAGUGCAGUUCUGCACCCUCUUCCAGCUGCAGCAGCUGGACAAACAUCUGCUGGAACUGGAUCAGGGGCCGAGAGACUACUGAGGAGGGAAGGUGGAGGAGGAAGAGGUGGGAGAGGUAAUGGAAGAGGAGCCGAACAGCCAGGAGGAAGAGCCGGAGGUGAAGGUGCUGGCUCUGUCGCCCCGCUGCUGGACCGUCUCCCCGCUCUGCUACCUGGGAGUGAGCCUGCGUGGCUUUUUUCCUCCUCACCACAUCCCUGAGUCAGACACUUGCCCGGGCAAGUUUGCCUGAGCUUCUAUACCCAGAAGUCAGAGCCGUUUUGGGCUGGAGCACACGAAGCCACGGCGUUUACAGUGGACAUGGCUGGGCAAUGCAGAGCUGUGGUUCCAGGGCUGCACCCUGCAUGUGUCCACCCUGCAGAUGUACAUCCUCCUGUGCUUCAACAGUGCUGAGGAAGUUUCUGUGGAGACAUUGUUACAAGCCACUAAUCUCUCCCCCGUCCUCCUUGGGCAUGCGCUGAAACCUCUGACAAGUGAGAAUGGGAUUUUGUCCCAGAAUCACAAUGUCCUGAGGCUGAAUGAGAGGACGUUGGCCCAGGUGUCAGGCCAGCGCCUGUGGCUGUUGCCCAAACAGACAUAUCUGAAUGUGGAGGAGAAUGAGGGUAGUACUCUGGAGAAGAAGAGGAACAUCAUCUGCUGCCUCCUUAUCCAAAUUCUGAAAGAGGAAAAGGAGAUACAUAUUGACAAUCUGGUGUUCAGGGUGAUUGAUGCCUGCCAGAAAUGGGAGUCCAGCUCAGCUCUAAAAUUCUUGAGCUUUUCAUGCAGCAGCACUGAUGUCCUGUCCUGCAUCCUUCAUCUGCUGAGCCAGGGCUAUAUCCGGCGCCAGGAGGACAGCCCUCAACUCCUGGAGUAUGUUUCCGCAGAGCCUUCCACGCCUCACCGGGGCCAGGCUCAGCUCAUCUUUCAGAAUGCUGAUAGCCAGAACAGGAAAGCCACUUCUGCGACAGAUGCGGACAACAAGUUCUCUCCUUUCAGAUUAGAUACCUUCAGCCUUGGCAUGGAAGUUCUCAUGGAGACGGUGUUGUUGCCCAGAGGACGCACAAUGAGCCAAGAGGAGAUUGAGGUGCUGAUGAUCCAGACCGUGCAGAGGGUCUCAGAUACAUUGAGUUUGUCUGCAGACAUAGCCCAGCACUUGCUUAUUCACUGUAAAUGGAAUGUAGAUGUGCUCAUUCAGCGCUACACAGAGGACCCAGAGCUGCUGAUGUUUUCCUCGGGGCUGCAAGUGCGAAAUCCCCAGCCAUCCUUGGAUCCUAUUACCGUUUGUCCAGUGUGUGUGAAUCAGCUGACUCCAGAAGACAAUUCACCUGUUCUCUGUUGUAUGCACUAUUGCUGUAAGGCCUGCUGGAAUGAAUACUUGGCAACUCGGAUUGAGCAAAACCUGAUUCUGAAUUGCACGUGUCCUAUCUCUGACUGCCCUGCACAACCCACUACUGACUUCAUCCGCUCCAUAAUUUCCUCUAAAGAGGUCAUUGCCAAGUAUGAGAAAGCUCUUUUAAGGGGUUAUGUGGAAUGCUGUUCGAACCUGACCUGGUGCACCAACCCUCAAGGCUGUGAUCAGAUUCUCUGCAAGGAAGGCCUUGGCUGUGGAGAAGCCUGCUCAAAGUGUUCGUGGAUCUCCUGCUUCAACUGCAAUUUCCCAGAGGCUCACUACCCCGCCAGUUGUAGCCACAUGUCCCAGUGGAUGGAUGAUGGUGGAUAUUAUGAAGGGAUGACUGUGGAAGCUCAAAGCAAGCACCUUGCCAAGCUCAUCUCUAAGCGUUGCCCAAGCUGCCAGUCUCAAAUAGAGAAGAAUGAAGGAUGUCUUCACAUGACUUGUGCCAAAUGUAACCAUGGAUUUUGUUGGCGUUGCCUGAAACCUUGGAAGCCCACCCACAAGGAUUAUUACAACUGUUCUGCUAUGGUGAGCAAAGCAGCUCGACAGGAGAAGCGUUUCCAGGACUACAAUGAAAGGUGCACUUUCCAUCAUCAAGCAAAGGAAUUCGCCAUGAAUCUGCAACAUAGAGUUUCCACUAUCAGUGAUGUGCCACAGAUUAGGACCUUGACAUUUGUUGUCGAUGCCUGCAAAAUGCUGGAACAGGCACGGAAAGUACUGGCUUACUCCUGUGUGUACAGCUAUUAUAACCAAGACACUGAAAAGAUAGAUAUCAUGGAACAGCAGUCAGAGAAUCUAGAACUGCACACCAAUGCUCUGCAAAUUCUUUUGGAGGAGACAUUGCUGCAGUGUCAAGAUGUUGCUUCCUGCAUUCAACUGCUGAAAGUAGAGCAUUUCAAUACAGGCCUUGAGCUAGUACGCAGGAUCCAGGAACGACUUCUAGCAAUUCUGCAGCAUGCCACUCAGGAUUUCCGUAUGGGGUUCCAAACUCGGCAAAGCUCUGAACAGAGGGAGAUUAAGUUAUCCAAUGUGCCUAAUGCUACUCCAGCUUAUAAAGAGUUAACUUUUGACGAGGCAUCUGAUUCACCCGACACAGACGAUGGUGGCAAAGAGGAAGAGGAUGAGGAUGAUGAAGAUUUUGUCCCUGAGUGGCAGGAGGAGUAUGAUGAUGAAGAUCUCGAUGACGAAAACAUUUCCUAUGAUGAUGAUUCAGAGAAUCUGGAGAGGGAUUCUUUCUUUUUUGAAGAUGAUGACGCUUAUGACGCUUAUGACUCUUAGGGGGUGUUACCCUGCUGGAGCGAUGCUCAUAUCUGUUCUGGCAUAAGUCUGGAAAUGAGGAAUGGGAAGUUUCACUUUAUUGCAGCGUGAAGUAUGCAGAGAAGAAAGAUCACCUAACUGGAGACAUGUUAGAUGAUUUAGGUCAUUGCCCUUGGAUGGAGAUAAGGGCCAAUAAAAAAAUUAUUAAAUAGAAUGCCCCAAAUUGAGCCAAAGUCCGUUGCUGUGAGCCUGAUGGGUGGUUCGGUGGGUUGCUGGUGACCUGAAUGGACAUGACUUUGUGUACACCCCUCAUUGAGAGGUGAGUUUUGUGUAAUUUUUCUUUGUUUUUGGAAUUGUUGGCUUCUCUUCCUACAGUUGGGAAUUCCACAGGAUAUAGAGGCUCAAAAGGUUUGUAUGUAUAUUAUAAAUAUAUAUAUACAUAUAUAUAUAUAUAUAUGCAGAAGCUGAAAUUGUUCAGAUUAUUAUGCUUUAUCUUUUCUUGAAAAUGAAAGAAUCCUGAAAGAACAAGAUGAUAUAAAUAAACAGUUUUUCUUCUUUUCA